CCUGAACUGACCUUUCACUACCCCUGGUUGACAAAACCUGUGGCCUGGUGCUGAUCUGAGGUGACGCCAUGUGCGACGACGAAGAGACUACCGCCUUGGUGUGCGAUAAUGGCUCCGGCCUGGUGAAGGCUGGCUUUGCCGGAGAUGAUGCACCCCGCGCUGUCUUUCCUUCCAUCGUCGGUCGCCCCCGUCACCAGGGUGUGAUGGUCGGUAUGGGCCAGAAGGAUUCAUACGUCGGCGAUGAGGCCCAGAGCAAAAGAGGCAUCCUGACACUGAAGUACCCCAUUGAGCACGGUAUCAUUACAAACUGGGACGACAUGGAGAAGAUCUGGCAUCACACCUUCUACAACGAGCUGCGUGUGGCCCCGGAGGAGCACCCCACCCUGCUUACCGAGGCCCCACUCAACCCCAAAGCCAACAGAGAGAAGAUGACCCAGAUCAUGUUCGAGACUUUCAAUGUCCCCGCAAUGUACGUCGCCAUCCAGGCCGUGCUGUCGCUGUACGCCUCUGGGCGUACUACAGGUAUCGUCCUGGACUCCGGUGAUGGUGUGACUCACAAUGUACCCAUAUAUGAGGGUUACGCACUUCCUCACGCGAUCAUGCGUCUGGACUUGGCUGGCCGUGACCUCACGGAUUACCUGAUGAAAAUCCUGACCGAGCGUGGAUACUCUUUUGUCACAACUGCUGAACGUGAGAUUGUACGCGACAUCAAGGAGAAGCUGUGCUAUGUUGCUCUGGACUUUGAGAAUGAGAUGGCCACUGCGGCCUCCUCCUCCUCGCUGGAGAAGAGCUACGAGUUGCCUGACGGUCAGGUCAUCACCAUCGGUAACGAGAGGUUCCGCUGCCCAGAAACCCUCUUCCAGCCCUCGUUCAUCGGCAUGGAAUCUGCCGGCAUUCAUGAAACCACUUACAACAGCAUCAUGAAGUGUGACAUCGACAUCCGUAAGGACCUGUACGCCAACAACGUCAUGUCUGGCGGCACCACCAUGUACCCGGGUAUUGCUGACCGCAUGCAGAAGGAGAUCACUGCGCUGGCCCCCAGCACCAUGAAGAUCAAGAUCAUCGCUCCGCCUGAGAGGAAAUACUCCGUCUGGAUCGGAGGCUCCAUCCUCGCCUCUCUGUCCACCUUCCAGCAGAUGUGGAUCAGCAAGCAGGAGUAUGAUGAGGCCGGUCCCUCCAUCGUGCACAGGAAGUGCUUCUAAGCGCCACAAAAACUAUUCCCGGCCUGCACCUCUAAACGUGCACGUGGAUGUCAUCAACAAUUUUGUUUACACUCAAGUGCAAUUUAUAUGUGGAUAUGUACAUGUUUUUAAAUAAACAAAAACCAGGACUUGCUA